AAGAAGAUCUCAAGAAACAUCCAAUUUCGCAAAAUCUAGGUCUCCGAUUUCUUCUUCUUCUUCUUCUCUAAUCUUCAAUUCGAUCAAUAGUCUAAUUCAAGAUUCUCAAUGAUUUCAGGAGAAAUGGAGAAUCUAGACGAAAUCCGGACCGAUAUUGUAGAAGUUAAUGCUCCAUUGUUGCAAGAAUCAUCAUCAGAGAGCGACGGAGGAGGAGAAUUCAACGGAGCUUCGUUUAGUGGAGCGGUUUUCAAUCUCGCUACAACGAUCAUCGGUGCUGGUAUAAUGGCAUUGCCUGCAACGAUGAAGAUCCUCGGACUUAUCCCCGGAAUCGCGAUGAUCGUUCUUAUGGCUUUCUUGACCGAUGCUUCGAUUGAGUUCUUGCUUAGGUUUAGUAACAUAGGGAAUCAAAGAUCUUAUGGUGGUGUUAUGGAUGAUUCUUUUGGUAAAUGUGGAAGGAUUUUGUUGCAAGUUUCGAUUCUUGUUAGCAAUAUUGGUGUUUUGAUCGUUUAUAUGAUCAUUAUUGGUGAUGUUUUGGCUGGUAAGAAUGAAUAUGGAAUCCAUCAUGCUGGUAUGCUUGAAGGAUGGUUUGGGAUUAAUUGGUGGAAUAGAAGAACUUUUGUUCUUCUCAUUACUACUCUCACUGUGUUUGCUCCUUUGACUUGCUUUAAACGGAUUGAUUCUUUGAGAUUCACAUCUGCUGUAUCGGUUGCUUUAGCGGUUGUUUUUCUUGUCAUCACUGCGGGGAUUACUAUCGUAAAGCUGUUUACUGAUGGUUUGAUGAUGCCAAGACUUCUACCUAAUGUCACUAACUUGUCGUCGUUUUGGAAACUCUUCACGGUUGUUCCUGUGCUUGUCAAUGCAUACAUUUGUCAUUACAAUGUUCACAGUAUACAGAACGAGCUUGAAGAUCCUUCUCGGAUAAAACCUGUUGUUCGAUCAGCACUUGCGAUGUGUUCUUCUGUUUACGUUAUGACGAGCUUAUUUGGAUACCUCUUAUUCGGUGAUGCUACACUCGAUGAUGUUCUUGCAAACUUUGACACAGAUCUUGGAAUCCCUUUUGGUUCGGUUCUUAAUGAUGCAGUGAGAUUUAGCUAUGCAGCUCACCUCAUGCUUGUGUUCCCUGUUGUCUUCUAUCCUUUGCGGAUUAACAUCGACGGUCUCAUUUUUCCUACGGCUCCACCACUUACUUCCUCUGAGUCUGAUCUGAGGUUUGGCUCUAUUACUGCUGGUCUCAUUGCUGUAAUCUUCUUGGGAGCAAACUUCAUUCCAAGCAUUUGGGAUGCUUUCCAAUUCACUGGAGCAACCGCUGCUGUCUGCAUCGGUUUCAUAUUCCCUGCUGCUGUUAUCUUAAAGGAUCGUCAUAACCAAGCAACAAAGCGGGACAAAGCUAUAGCCAUUUGCAUGAUCGUCCUUGCGGUUUUCUCCAACGCAAUCGCCAUUUACAGUGACGCCUACGCCUUAUUCAAGAAGAACACAUACGUAUAUCCAAUAUGAAAAGCAGUUAUGAUUCUGUUUCUUCUCUCACUCUAUUGGAAACCAAAUAUGAAGAAGUGUUAUUGGUAAUACAAUGUCCUUAGAUGA